AUGCCUCUCAACGCCGGAGCAGUGUACGCCAAGCAGAACGCUGACUUCGUCCCCUUCGCCAGCCGGCGCAGCACCGUCCACAGCACUAAUGGCAUUGUGUCCUGCACUCAGCCACUGGCGGCAGCGGCCGGCCAAAAGAUUCUGAGCCAGGGCGGAAAUGCAGCGGAUGCAGCCGUCGCCGUUGCCGCGGCGCUCAACAUGACGGAGCCUGGGUCCACUGGUAUCGGAGGCGACAUGUUCUGCCUCUUUUACAAUGCCCAGACCAAGAAGGUGCACGCCCUCAACGGCUCGGGUCGCUAUCCUGCAAAAGGCUCUCUGGAGCAAGUGCGCAAGGACCUGAAGCUUGCUCCCGGUGAAGUUGGCAGCAUUCCCUUCACCAGUGCUCUUGCUGCGACCACACCCGGCGCGGCAGCCGGAUGGGUCGACACGAUCGAGAAGUUUGGUAGUGGGAAGCUGUCUCUCGCACAGAUCCUGCAGCCGGCCAUCGAGCUGGGCGAGGAAGGAUUUCCCGUGUCGGAGCUCUCGGCGCACUCUUGGGCUGCAAGUGAAGGUCUCAUUCGAAAUGCAUCACCGAACUUCCGCGAGAUGCUGAAGGACGACGCCUCCGCUAAGGACGGUGUGCGCCCUCCACAGGCCGGCGAAAUCAUGAAGAACCCCACCCUGGCCAAGACGUUCCGCGCGCUGGCCACAGAGGGCAAGUCCGGCUUCUACAAGGGCCGGAUCGCAGAGCAAGUGGUCAAGGUGAUCAAGGAUCUCGGCGGAUACAUGACGCUGGAAGAUCUGGCACAUCACGCCCAGACAGGCAGCCAGGAGGUAGACGCGAUCUCGCUCAAAUUUACCGGCCAGGGUAUAAAGUCCAAGCAGACACCUGGGACGGACGGCGGACCUAACGAGGGUGUUGAGGUCUGGGAACAUCCACCGAACGGCCAGGGAAUCGUGGCGCUGAUGGCGUUGGGAAUCCUGGAGGAACUCGAGAAAGCCGGCAAGAUUCCCAUCUUCAGCGCCGAGCAGCACAACUCAGCUGAGUACCUGCAUGCUGUGAUCGAGAGUCUGCGCAUCGCCUUCGCCGACGCUGCAUGGUUUGUGACGGACCCGGACGUGGAAAAGGUGCCGUCGCAGGGCCUGCUCGACCGCGAGUACCUGGCGGAGCGAGCAAAACUCUUCUCUCCAGACCGCGCAUCCGACAUCCUGGACCAUGGCAGUCCCGCACACAAUCACUGCGACACUGUCUACUUUGCCGUAACUGACCGCUCCGGUAAUGGCAUGUCCUUCAUCAACAGCAACUAUGCCGGCUUCGGCACAGCCAUCAUCCCCGCCGGCUGCGGUUUCACGCUCCAGAACCGCGGAGCCAACUUCUCCCUGCAGCCAGGUCAUCCCAAUGCGCUGGCUCCGCACAAGCGACCUUACCACACCAUCAUUCCGGCGUUAGUCACCAACAUCGCAGACGGAUCUCUCCACUCCGUCUACGGUGUCAUGGGCGGUUUCAUGCAGCCGCAGGGCCACGUGCAGGUCCUGCUCAACAUGCUAGCUUUCGGAUAUCAUCCACAGGCAGCGCUAGAUGCCCCGCGCAUUUGUAUUGCUGCUGUUUCGUCCGAUAGCACGGACCGCACCGUACAUGUAGAAGAAGGGGUUAGUGAUGCUGCCGUCGAGGGUCUGCGCCGCCUCGGCCACAAGAUUGAGGUCUUGAAGGGCUGGCAGCGUUCGCAGUUUGGUCGUGGUCAGCUUAUUCGUAUGCAUUAUGACGAGGGGAAGCUGGUUCACAGUGCUGGUAGCGAUCCGAGGGGCGAUGGAAAUGCUUUCCCUUUGAUUUAG